AUGGACCUUGCGACAACGUCUUAUACAAUGCUCAACCAGUUCAGCAAGCUGGAUCUUCAAUUCUGGAGCAAUGUUAUCGAUUACUGGACCAAUGUGAUGCAUCCUUAUUUCCCAUUCAACACUCGGGCAUCAGUUGUUCCAGCAAGCCGUCCAUCACCUGUAGAAGACGUAGAAUUAGCUAUGGCAAUCAAUGCCUCAAUCCAAUCCGCUAUGGAAUCAAGACCACGUUAUGUUGAUGCUAAUCCAAUAUCUGGAGCAAGCACAUCCUCCAGCUGUCAAAGUGGGUCGAUGCGAAAUCAUAAUGAUAUGCAAGAAGUCGGUCCAAGAGGCAAUCCAAUUCAACUCAUUCGGAAUCACAAUGAAACUUCCUCUUCUCCACUCCCAUCGGGCCCCCCUAUUGAGAAUGCGGUCGUAGAUGGCUGUGCUUCUUCAUUGUGCCUGAUAUGCUUGGAUGCUCCAGUCGAGGGGGCUUGCAUUCCUUGCGGGCACAUGGUUGGAUGCAUGUCGUGUUUGAAUGAGAUCAAAGACAAGAAGUAG